UUCUGGACUCCUGUAGCACAUUGUUGUGUACAGACCUGUAGAACCGGGAGGGACCAGUCCAACCAACUGGACUGUGUACUGGAACAGGUCCGGAUUGGUCUCCAGAACAUCAAGGACUUCCUGCCUCUUUGAUGUUCUGUGGGUUCACUGACCCAUCUCCUGAAAUGGGCCAGAAUCCAUAACCAGUGGAGAACCAAACUGUUCUUACUGGUUUAGAGUUUGUUUAUACUGGUUUAGAGUCUGGUUUAGAGUCUGUUCUUGCUGGUUUAGAGUCUGUUUAUACUGGUUUAGAGUCUGUUUAUACUGGUUUAGAGUCUGUUCUUACUGGUUCAGAGUCUGUUCUUACUGGUUCAGAGUCUGUUCUUGCUGGUUCAGAGUCUGUUCUUGCUGGUUUAGAGUCUGUUCUUGCUGGUUUAGAGUCUGUUCUUGCUGGUAUAGAGUGGUUUUUUGCAUGGUUUUCUUCUCAAAACUUGAGAUUAGAAGAAGCUGAACUUUGGUGUCCUGCAGCUGAUGGUAGUUUGGUCUAUUUAAAGUAACAGCAGCUCUUCCUCUUCUCCUGCAGUUAUUGAUGUUCGUCUCAGCUUUUGUUUCCUGGACUUCAGAUGUUCUGGUUUCUGCUCUACUGGGUCAGUGAAACCCAGACCUGCUGGUCUGAUCAGUGAGUGUUUCAGGGCUCAGCAAAGAAAAAGUUAAAAGAAGAAGAACAAGGAACUCCAGAACCGAUUUCUGUGCCGCUCAGAGUUCAGAGCUUAUCCCGGGUACCUGAACGCACCGCGGGCGGAUCUUCUGCGGGUAUUUUCCUCCAGCUGCAGUUUGUUGAGUCCCUGCUGCGGGUCGAUCCGCCGCUGCCGAACCAAGCGGACCGCACCAGACCCAUGGAUUAAAGGAGCGGCUCAGCGCUUUAGGUAUGGAGUGUGUGUGGUUGGUGUGUGUGUUUAUGCUGAGUGUGUGUGUCGGGGAUGACAGCGGAUUGGACAGAAGUGACCCGGCCCACCAGGACCGUCAUCGCCUGCAGGUGGUUUCCAAUGGCGACUCAGCUUCAGGUCUGUGCGUUGUGGACCCGCCUCUCUGCGGCGAUCAGAACUCCUUCCUGAGCUUCGAGGCGAUCCGCAGCAUCCACAAGCUGAUGGACGACGACGCAGACGGCACCGUGGACGCCAUGGAGACAGACGAGUUCCUCAGGGAGGACCUACAGGACCGCAACCCGAAAGCCAAGCACCGCAGCUUCCACCGGGCCGACCCGCACAUCAGCCUGGAGGACAUGUGGAGUGCCUGGAAGGAGUCCGAAGUGUAUAACUGGACGGCGCUGCAGGUGGAGGAGUGGCUGUCCCUCAGCGUGGAGCUCCCUCAGUACGCCGCCGGCUUCCGCAUGCAGCAGCUGGACGGGAAGGCGCUGCCCAGGCUGGCGGUGAAGAACGUAACUCUGACCAUGACGCUGCUGAAGGUUCUAGAUCGGAGCCACGCCCAGAAGCUGCAGCUCAAGGCACUGGACGUGGUUUUGUUUGGACCGCCAGCAGGACGGCAGAACCGGUGGAAGGACCUGGUCCUGGGCCUGUCGGUGCUGAUGGCUCUGGGUGGCUGCUGGUUCGCCUACAUCCAGACCAGGAAGUCCAGAGACGACAUGGGGAAGCUGAUGAAGGACCUGGAGGGCCUGCAGAGGGCCGAGGAAAGUCUGCUGGACCUGCAAACAAAGCUGCGGCGGGCGCAGGAGCAGCAGCACUGCGUCCAGGUGGAGAAGGUGAAGGUGGAGGAGGAGCUGCGGAGCGAGAUCGACUCGGCCAAGCAGGAAGCUCAGCGGCUCCGUGAGCUGAGGGAGGGAUCUGAGAACGAGCGCAGCCGGCAGAAAUACGCCGAGCAGGAGCUGGAGCAGGUCCGGAUGGCACUGAGGAAGGCGGAGCGGGAGCUGGAGUCGCGGGUGCGCUGGGCGCCGCCGGAAGCUCUGCAGAAGUGGCUGCAGCUGACGCACGAAGUGGAAGAUCAGCAUUACAACAACAAGAAGCAGAACGCAGAGAGGCAACUGCUGCAAGCCAGGGAGGGGGCAGAGAAGAUCAAGAAGAAGAGGAGUUCUCUGUUUGGAACGUUCCACGUGGCUCACAGCUCCUCACUGGACGAUGUCGACCAGAAGAUCCUCUCAGCCAAACAGGCCCUGGCUGAGGUAACGGCGGCUCUGAGGGAGAAGCUCCACCGCUGGCAGCAGAUCGAGUCUCUGACCGGGUUCUGUGUGGUCAACAAUCCGGGUCUAGGAGCCCUGGCCGCCGCCCUGAACCUUGACCCGUCCUUCCUGGGCCUGCGACCUCCUACCCCCCAGAACCUGCUCCUGUCAGACGACCUGGACGACAUGGACGAGGACAUCCUGUCUCCGGGGACGUUGCAGUAUGCAGCCUGGCAGAUGGAUCGGCGUGUGAGCGACCUUUGGCCUCUGAGUGGCAUCACAGACACGCAGUUACCAUGGAAACAGUCAGCUCAGAGUCUGAUGCCCCUGCGGCAGAGGGCAGGAGACCCCGGGUUGAUGUUUGGCUCUCAGAGGUUAGUUGAGGGGUGUGGCUUAUCUCAGGGUGGUCGUGGCUCGUCCACAGAGACCUGUCUGCCAACUGGACGCCCUCGGCAGAAUCGCAGCCUCUCCAUUGGCCACAUAGAGUUCCUUCCUGUGCUUGCCCCUCCUCUCUUCUCCUCCUCCCUGCCCCGCCCUUCCAUCGACCUCACUUCCUGUCCUCAGCCAAACUCUUCGUCUUCCUCCUGUGCUGAAGGCUCCGCUCAUUUUUCUGCUCUGCUCUCCCGAUCUUCUCGCUUUCUCCCUCUGGAUACUGCUCCAGACCUCCAGACUCCAGGGGGCGCUGUGGCCAGCCAGAGGCAACGCUGUCGCUCCGGCAGCUUGGGGGACAUCAUGAGCCGCUCAGACUCUGACUCCGCCCUUGCUCUGUCUCUCAGCGAAUCACGCGCUUUGCAUCACUCCAGGCCCCAUCUUCUGGACUCCAGGCCCCGCCUCCUGCAGGAUCAAAACUCUGCCCACAGAGGAGGAGGAAGAGGAGGUGGAGGCCUGGAGAAGAGCUCCAGCUUGGUGGAGCUGAGAGGCCCCUCCCCCUCCGCCCUCACCUCUGCCUGCUCCACCCAUUCCCUCUACAUGUCCGCGGACAACAGCGCCUCCUUCCUGUCCUCGUCCAGCUCAUCCAGCAUCGGACAGGGAGCCGGUGUCCAUCCAUCCAACCUGAGGAAGGACAGAGCAGACGGUCUGGAGGCGUCUGUUAGCCGCAGGAAGAAAGCUUUCUACACCAUCUUCAGGAAACGGAGGGACAGUCCAGACGCUGUGAGCCAGAGAUGAAGGCUCCCGGGUCAAGAUGGAGCAUCGUCUUCGUCACCCAGGGAAGAGGAGGAGGAGUCAAACACCAGCGAGGAGCUCCAUCAUAAAAACUCAAUCUGUGAAAAUCCCUUUCUGCUCUUGGAAAAAUUAAGACAAUAAAUAAUUGAACUCGUUUUUCUUUUUUUUCCUCAUUUCUUUGUAGAAACAUAUUUGAAAGAAUAAAAUUAUUUAUUCCCUGCAGAUUGUUUAGAUUCCCAACCUGUUUUGUUUUUAUUAUUAUUUCUGUAAAUAUUUCUUCAGUUUCUUGCACUUUUUCUGGUUUCAGAUGGAAAACAUGCAGCUGCUCCAGAUGAUGGAUUAAGAUUAAACUUUUA